CGCUGGUCUCCGUUCCGCGCUGAAUGGUGCGCACUUAUUAGAAAGCCUGCUCCGAAUGGUGAGCGUUAUUUAGAACUCUAAGUCUCGACCGCGAGGGAGAAAAAGUAGAGAAAUGAGUCUGUUCAAGAGCAAGCGAGGUCGCCGUAACAUCAGGAAGAAGGCGGUGGAGCUGGAAGAGGAAGGGGUGGAGGGAGAGAAGGAAGGGACCGAGGCUACCGACGUUCUAGCUACAAAUGGAGAGACUCGACCUCCGCCAAGCCAAACUAACAUCUCAACAGCGCCGACAAAAAAGAAGGAGGCGAGGUCUCUGCUGAGUUUCGAGGAUGAGCUGGCGGACGAGGGUCCAGAGUUCAGGGUGAAGAAGACAACUCUGUCACGGAGAGCUGCCAAGAUGGCGGGGAAAGAUAGGAAAGAGAAAAAACACAAGAAAAAGAGAGAGACACUGGAUGAGGUGAUGGAGGGAGGUGGGAGUGGGGAUGAGAGUGAGGAGGAGGAGGAGGAGGGGACUGGACCACUGGUGUCUCUCUCUCAGCAACUGAAAGAAGGAUGUUUCAUCCCUAAUGCAGAGUUCAUCCACCGAGCGAGGAGGGAAAGAGAGGAGAGACGGCAGAUGGGAGACGGCGGGGGAGGGGGUGGGGCUCCGGGCUUUAUGGCUCUCUCCACUUCCAAGAAGAAGGUCCCCGUGGCAAAGGGGAAGUCCCGGCUCGUUAGGGAAGAUGACAAUGAUAAGAGUGAUGAGUCAGGAGGGGAAGAUGGAGGAAGAAGAAGAAUGGAUGCAGGGUCACAUGACAUGGCGGCUGUAAAACAAUUCCAGGUGCUGCAAGGACUGGAGGAGAUGGGAUCGGACGAAGACGAAGAGACGAAACGGUGGGAAGAGGAGCAGAUUCUGAAGGGAGUGAAGGCGAGUGCACCGGACCAGCUGACCCCGGUCAAUCCUGGGUCGUCUCACCUCUCGAUGCUGGACCAGUCAUUUCUGAUGGGGACUGGAGGGUACGGCGACCUGGGGGCUUCCUACAUGACUCCAUCCUACGUACAGGCCGUGCAGGCAUAUGCCGGAAUCACCCCUCAGGGUGUGGCCUCCGAGACUCCGCCCACUGGGGGAAGCGGUGAGGUGAAGACGACAAAAAACUCGUUCCGAAUCCCCGAAAAACUGGUUCCGAUCACAUUGGAGAGUCUGAAGUCGCGACUGUCGAAUCGGUUGUGUGACCUGCAGGACAGCGUUUCAGGACACCGCGAGAGACUGGGGCAGAUCAUAGCGGACUUGGAGGGGUCUAGGGAGGAAGUGGGCGUGGCCGAGAGCCGGCGAGGGGACCUGGGAGUGAGGUACCAGUUCUAUCAGGAGAUGAGGGGUUACCUCCGGGACUUGCUCUCCUGUCUUGGGGAGAAGGAGCCCCAGAUCUCCAGUUUGGAGAGAGCGGUGAGGAAGGUGAGGAAAGAGAGAGCUGACCUCCUGUUGGAGAGGAGGAGGCAAGACAUCACUGAUCAGGACAGAGAGUGCGCCCAAACCAACUCCGUUGUCCAGGUACCAGGGUCUCAGGAGGUGGUUGCCAGGCAACGAAGGGCGGUAGAGAGGGAUGGGAGGAGAAGGAGGAGGAGGGAGAGGAGGGAGAGGGGGGUGGGGAGGGAGAAGGGGGAGCACAGACAAGGCAUGUCUACCGACGAUGAGCUACUGGAAAUGAAUCGACUGAAAUUUGAAAAAAACAUGACUAAGGCACUGGCAGGAGCUGAGUCGGUGUUUGGGGAGGUGGUGGAGGACUUCUCCCAGGUGGUCCACAUCAAGACGAGGCUAGAGGAGUGGAAAUUUGGGUUCCCAGACUCUUAUUCCCAGGCCCACGUCCCCCUGUACCUGCCCCAGCUCCUCGCUCCGUUCGCCAGGCUGGAGCUCCUACAGUGGAACCCUCUGGAGGACGAGUGUCCUGAUUUCGAAGCCAUGCAGUGGUUCGAGGUGCUGAUGUUCUAUGGCUUCAGAGAGGGGGAGGAGCCUGACCUUUCUGACCCCGACACUCGCCUUCUUCCCGAGCUAGUGGACCGAGUCAUUGUCACCAAACUCACCAUUCUGGUCCAGAGUGUGUGGGACCCACUCUCGUCCGGCCAGACUCGAAAACUGACCUCCCUCCUCCGCCAGCUGGCCUCCGACUACCCCACCGUCUCCAGCGAGCAUCGCAACACGCAGUCCCUCUUCUCGUCCGUCCUGUCUCGCCUGCGAAGAGCCACCCAGGACGACGUGUUUAUCCCUCUCUACACCAGGGCCCAGAUCGAGAACUCUCUCUCACCUCACGCAGUCUUCUACAGCCAGCAGUUCUGGAGCUGUGUCAAGUUGCUAGGCAACAUAACAGAGUGGGAGGGGCUUGUUUCUCCGGACGCUCUGCAGGAACUGGUGCUAGACGGUCUUCUGAACAAGUACCUGGUACUGUCACUCCAGACCUGUCCCUGUUCCAAUCUCAGUGUCAUCAAGACAGGGGCGGUGAGAUCUCACUCUCAAUUACACAUGUACCUUGUCUUCCCCCUGUCUCUCCACCAGAUCAUAUCUCGCCUGCCAGUCACGUGGCUGGCAGAUGGGUGCCACGGUAACCAGACCUCUCCAGGGGGUGGUCAUCUACCUCACUCACCUGGCUCAGGAGCUGCUGCGGGGCUCCAUAGGCCACCCCGACCACCUCAGACUCAAGACCAGGGCUCUGGUGAAGGAGAUAUCAGGGCAGCUGGCAAGACUAGGAGCCACUUCAGAAUCGCAGUCUCUCUGUCUCUAGCACAACCACCUCCCUCUCCCCUCUCUCCUUCACGACGACACAAUUCACCUCUUCCAUCUCUACAACGACACUGUCUUUAUACACGAUCGCCUUUUCUCUCUCUUCAUUUGUUGUAAGAUUCAAUAAUGCACUUUUCAAGGUCAUUUUCAAAGGCU